AUGACACAAAAUAUCUCUACUUCACCCAAAAUAAAGACCCGGUUCUUCAUCUUCUCUGAUACGCACGGCCUUCACAACUCGACGAGAUUCGUCUCCGAUCAGUAUGCUGAUGUCGCUAUUCACUGCGGGGACCUUACAGCAGAGUCCAAGAUUGAUGAGUACAGAGCCUCGAUCCGUUUCCUUAAGCCGUGA